AUGCCAACGGUCUUCCAAGACCGCGCAGGCAUCUCGCUCUAUGAUGCACAGUUUGGGGCUGAAGGCAGCGCCAGAAGGCCAAUUCCAGACCAGGUCCGGGACCAGAUAGUGUCACGGCUGCUGCGUUUCAAGGUGACCUGCGAGGACUUUGGGGUGCCAGAAAAGAACAUCCAGAUGCUUGCUACAGAGGCUACCAGGACAGCACCUAAUUCAGCAGACUUUCGAGCUGCCAUUUACCGAGCGACGGGAUGGGAAGUGACCAUGCUGCCCAAGGAGGAAGAAGGCCGAAUCGGAGGGCUGGGGAUUGCAUCCAGUCUUUCCCGGGUCGAAGGUCUGGUCAUGGAUCUCGGCGGCGGCAGUGUGCAGCUGUCGUGGAUGAUAUCUUACCCAGACAGUACCGAGAUACAGUCGUACCCUGAGGGAUCAAUUAGUUUCCCGUACGGGGCUGCUGCGCUGACCCGGAGGCUGGACGAGGCACAGAAGAUAGGAGAUGAAGCGGUACGACAGCUCAAAGACGAGAUUCUGGGCUGUUUCCGAGGCGCUGUCUCUGCUCUCGAGCUACCUGCAUGUCUACAGGAAAGAGUAGAGAGUGAUGCUGCUGGGAGUGGUGGCCUUGACCUUUAUCUCAGCGGAGGAGGAUUCAGGGGCUGGGGGUAUCUCCUGCUCAGCCAGUCCCCUAUCAGCCCCUAUCCCAUUCCGAUUCUCAACGGGUUCAGUACUGACCGGUCACGGUUCCUCGACACCUCCGCAGCCAUCGGUACCUUGUCUUCUGAGUCAACCAUCUACGGCGUCUCGGCCCGCAGAGCCACGCAGGUUCCAGCCGUGGCAUUUCUUAUCAAUGUCCUGGCAGAAAGUAUCCCAUCGAUACGUAAGAUCCACUUCUGCCAGGGAGGUGUGCGUGAGGGCGUUCUCUUUGACAAACUGCAGCCAGAAGUUCGACAGCAACAUCCAUUGAUUGCUGCUACGUCUCCCUUUAAGACUGGUUCUGCGUCCGAUAUUGCUCUAUUGCUGCGGCAGGCCAUACCCUACGCAGCUUCAAACGAUGCAAAGAAUCUGUAUGCGCCUCCACCAGCAAUAACUUCUCCGGGUUUCAUCGAAGCCCUGGCCAAUUCGAUGUACAUGCACUCGUCUGUUCCGAGAGCAUCAUAUGCAAGCACAGCUCUGCAUUCUACGACAACCGGUAUUCUUGCUUAUGCACACGGUCUCUCUCAUGCAGACAGGGCCAUGCUUUGCCUUGCUCUCUUUGAUAGAUGGGCAGGCGACGUUUGCCCCUCAGAUGAGCUGUUUCUUCAGCGAAUUCGGUCAAUUCUCACCUUGCAAGAAGCUUGGUGGUGUCAGUACAUUGGCCGAGUGGCCGGUCUGGUCGGCAGUAUGUAUCCUGCCGGAGUGAUCAGAAGUGAUGAUGAUCGGAUCAGCUUUUCAGCCAGGCUAUCUCAUCGUCAGACCAAGAAGGGCUUAACAAAGCAUCUAUUGAAUCUCGUUGCUAAGGUACCGGAUUCAAAGCACCCUUCUUUUGAUGGAGACUCUAUCACAGCCGGGCUGAAGAGGAUCAAGCGGACGGGAAAGAAAGGUGAGCAUCUACGAGGUGACGAAUAUGAACAGACUGAUCUACUGGACUCAGAAGACGAGGGCUGGCGAUUAAAAGUAGAGACCGAGCUGGACUGCAUAUAG